AUUUUCUCCUCCAUGUAUAUUUAGAUCAUACUAACCGAACCAAGUAAAUCAUGUAUUCUCGUUCUUUCUUUUUUAAUUCUUUUUUUUUAGUUGUUUAUUCCCUUCCUUUUGAGUACCAAACUAUCAAGAAACUAUUGUUGCUUUGUCUCAUUGUACAACUCCCAUCAACCUCUUAUCAUUUCAUUUUGUAAAGAGAGCUACCUAAGGUAGCCCACAACUUUUUCUUAUUUAUGGUACCUCCAUUUUACAUACACUUCCACAUCCCAUUCCAGGACAAACCAAGACAUUCCCUUUUUUCCCAAAAUCCCUUUAUAUAAUUAACUGCAUUAUUUUGUUCAAAUACCCGCACAUUAUGUUAGCAGUAACACAAUCUUGUUUGCUCUUCCAAAGAAGGGUUAUUGUGAUGGCUCUAUUCCUUUCCCUUUUCUUAGUUCUCUUGUUCCCUUCAAGCAAUGCUCAGGGUCCCCCUUCUCCUGGCUACUACCCUAGUUCGAGAUAUGCUUCUGUAGGGUUUAAUCAAGGAUUCAGGAACCUUUGGGGUCCUCAAAAUCAAAGAGUCGACCAAGGCGCCUUAACAAUCUGGCUCGAUAGAAACUCAGGAAGCGGGUUCAAGUCACUCAAUCGAUAUCGUUCGGGUUAUUUUGCCGCUUCCAUCAAGCUCCAACCCGGUUACACUGCCGGAGUCAUUACAUCUUUUUAUCUUUCAAAUGAUCAAGAUUACCCGGGGUACCAUGAUGAAAUCGACAUAGAAUUCCUGGGAACAACGCCGGAUAAACCUUAUACUUUGCAAACCAAUGUCUACAUGAAAGGGAGCGGGGACGGAAACGUCAUCGGACGGGAGAUGAAGUUUCAUCUCUGGUUUGACCCCACGAAAGCCUUCCACAACUACGCCAUUCUGUGGAACCCUAAUGAAAUCAUAUUUUUUGUCGACGAUGUGCCAAUCAGAAGAUACCCAAGAAAAAGUGAUGCAACAUUUCCCGCAAGGCCUAUGUGGGUGUAUGGUUCCAUUUGGGAUGCAUCGUCUUGGGCUACCGAACAAGGAAGGUACAAAGCUGAUUAUAGGUUCCAGCCAUUUGUAGGGAGGUACAACAAUUUCAAGAUCGGUGGUUGUAAUGCCAACAGCGGCGGCGCCGCCUCUUGCUGGGGUCCCUCCGGUGCCCCGCCGGGCUCUAGGGGGCUGAGCAGCCAGCAAUAUGCCGCCAUGACCUGGGUUCAGAGGAACUACAAGGUGUACGAUUAUUGUCAGGAUCCGAAGAGAGACCAUACUCACACUCCCGAGUGUUGAGAGAUUAUAAUCACGAGAUUUCAUUUUCAGAUAUGGGGCACCCUACACAAUAUACAAAGGAAUGUUACAAAGACAACGUUUAUACGAGGGAAAAAAUAGGUGAGUUUAUUAUAUUCAACCAAUAAUAAUAGUUUGUGAAGCCAAAAUUUGAUGAGAUGGAGUGAUUUGGGAUGGGGGUGCAUGUCUCUUUAAGAAGGGUUUUCAAAAGAGUAGUUGAAGCGUCCAAAGCUCCAAUAUCAAUUUGUGAAUUUGUGUCCACUUUGUUUUAAUUAUUCAUUUGUGAUAAUAAUAUUAAUGAUGAUGAAAGUGUCUCUUGAAUAUUCUUCUUCAAUAAUAAUGAUGAAAAUGUCACCAGACAAUAUACAUUCUCUUUUUGGUAGUAGGUGGAUAAUAAUAUGAUGAGGGUAGUGGUCACCAUGCAUAUAUACAAAUAUACAAUUAUUGAAGUAAGAUUGCAAUAUGAAUAGCGGAAUGGAUAAUGUGCCACUUUUUGAAAUAACGAUCACUACAUAUAAGAUUUAACCCACAUAAAGUCAUAAAAUAUGAUAAUAGUAGUACUAAAAUUUCAGAUGCGAGGAGUAUAAUAUUAUAUGUGCGUGGGGCAAAUUUGAAUCCUUUACGAUCACACCACUUAAGUAAGAAGACGAUCAAUGAAAGUUGAUCCCAUUUUAAAAGAAGAAGGAGAAGCAAAGGUACGGCUUGCAAACUUGCAAUAAGUAUAUACGUACGGUUUCAGGGGACAUAUAUCAUCAAUUAAUGAACAUCAAAUUUCUCAAAAGGCCGGACCCAAAAUUCGCUGUAUCUCGUAUAGAUAUAGAUUAAAUCGAUAUGAUGAUUGAUUUUUUCUUCAUUUUUGACUUAAAGCAUAAGGGCCAUUGAGCACAAGAGUCAGCAAUUUAAACUUGGUUUUCUUAUACCUUACAUCCAUGAAUAUUUUGGUGACGACUUACACAGUUAGUUUGAUCUGGUUAUAGAGACAAGAAACAGUUACACCUGACCUAAUUAAUGUAUGUUUGAAAUAGCCAAAGAUCCAGCGGCUCACCUCAUCAUCAGCUUCCAUUUCUAGAACGACCAUGUUUGUGGUCAACUCAAGGUUUUUUUUUUAAUGCAUAAUUUCUGGCACCCGGUGC